UCCAGCUCUGUUUGCCAGUUUCUGGUCAGAAUCAGCAAGGAGCCUUGAAGGAGGCCGGCCGGGGCCGUAUUAUCAAAACUUCGGGUACAGUAAAAGAACUUCAUGAUAUGGACUCUGAUGAUGUAUCUCCACUGCAAGCCCUUGGACUACUCCGUGUUGGGCAGCUGCCACCGAGACCUCCUCCCAGCCAUGUGCCCAUACCACUCAACAAGCGUGGCAUGCCUGCUCGAGUCCGAAAGAAGAACCCAAUGUACUUUGAUGAAAUGCUGGUGACCAGCCCGAAGACUUCCCGUGGAACUCCUCGCAAAAGUUUUCGGCCGGAUAGCAUCACUCCCAAGAAGGCAGAGACCAGCAGCCCCUCACAUACACAUGCAGUGCCUUUCCCAUCAUCCCCUGCUCACUCAUCCCCUCGAAAAGAGGCUAUGGAUCGGAUCCAUGUUAAAGCUGUACAUUCACGAGACGCGAGGCCAGCCACCAUGAAAGCUACACGCAGCAGCAGUAGAGUGAGCAAAGGAAAGGUUAAAGCAGGUCCUUCUGAAGCCUCAUCCUCAGCUGUCGCCACGUCCCACGGAGUUCAGAGCUCUGAUGAAGACCUAGAUGAUGAAGAAGAAGAUGAAGAACCUGAGCCCUUGAGUCUAACGCCACUCAAACUAGAGUGCAGCAGUCAUCGUUUGAGCAGCAGCAGCGCCAGCAGUAGCAGCAGCCACAUCAGCAGCAGCAGUAACAGCAACAGUCCCCCAACAGUCUCCACAGCAACAGCUGCCAUGUCUGCGCCAUACCCCGCCGACCGCAGCGGCGCUGUGCACGAUAACAGACUUCGCCUCAGAAAUUUCCUUAAGUUGCCUCAGGCGCACAAGUGGAUCUACUAUGAGUGGUUCUACGCCAACAUUGACCAGCCGCUGUUCCUGGGCCGCAAUGACUUCGAGCAGGUGUUGCGAGAAGCCUUCCCUCAGCUCAGCACCCGAUGCCUUUCCCGUCGUCAGUGGAGCCUCAUCAGGAGGAUCAUGGGCAAGCCAAGGAGGUGCUCCCAGGCGUUUUUCAACGAAGAGCUCUCAUUGCUCGCCAAGCGGCGGCAAGUGCUGCGCCUGCUGCAGCAAAGGAAAAUUUCUGACGUGACUCAGUUACGUGACCUGCCUUUCACUCUGCCCCUACACAUACCAUGUCAGCUGGUCAUCGGCACCAAGGUGACAGCCCGCAUUCGGAAGCCUGAGAACGGCCUCUACAUCGGCCACAUAGACGCCGUGGACACGUCCAACAACACCUACAGGAUAAGCUUCACUAGACAUGGCAUCGGCACGCACUCCAUCCCAGACUAUGAAGUUCUUUCAUGCGAUCCUCCCGAAAUGAUGCCGCUGGCGAGCUUCCAACAAAAGUUCCGUCCUCGUCCCCCCUUGGGGCUGGUGACGCCCCCCCGGCCGCUGCUCCCCCGAGGUGUCUCUAUGGACACCCCAAACAAAGCGUCCUCCCUCUGCGGCUUGGACAGCCCCCCAGGCUGGGGUGCUGGGGCUGACGCCCCCUUCAUGUGCCACGACCCAGUGCUGGCGCAGUCGCCGCGCACGCAGCCCGCCCCACUGACGCUGAGCGACCGCAUCGGACAAUAUCCCGUGGCUCAGCUCAUGCACAUCGUCAGGCUCUGGAAGCUGCUAGAGAGCAAAGCUGAGAAAGUCAAGCAGCUCGAGCAGCUCAACAGCGGCGCUGAGAAGCUCAGAUGUCUGGGAGAAUCAGUUACUGGUGCGUUUCAGCGGCGCUACGCAACGCUGGUGCUGGAGGUAGACCAGCUCAACGAGCAGCUUAACUCAGAACUCCUGCAGGUGCAUCAAUUCUGCCAGGAGAUCAGCGGCGGCGCCUCGUCUGCCGCGGCUCCCACGCUACUACCCGACCAGAUCAGGGAGCGCUGCAUGGCAGAGUCCCUGGCUGUUGUCCAGGUUAGCAAUUCGGCGACGCAAGAGCGCGUGACCGACGAGGAAUCCCUGCA